ACUUCCGGUAAGCCUGCCAACGUAGCGGGGGAAAAUGGCAGGCUCGGAGCUGCGGGCGGCGUUAGAGCAGAGGCUGGGCGCCCUCGCCAUUCGCACGGAGGUCGUGGAGCAUCCCGAGGUCUUUACAGUUGAAGAAAUGAUGCCUCAUAUUCAACAUUUGAAAGGAGCACAUAGUAAGAACUUAUUUCUUAAAGACAAAAAGAAGAAAAACUAUUGGUUAGUCACAGUUCUUCAUGAUAGACAAAUCAAUUUAAAUGAUCUUGGCAAGCAGUUAGGAGUUGGGAGUGGAAAUCUUCGGUUUGCCGAUGAAACAGCCAUGCUAGAAAAACUGAAAGUUGGUCAAGGCUGUGCCACACCUUUGUCACUCUUCUGUGAUGAUGGAGAUGUUAAAUUUGUCUUGGAUUCAGCUUUUCUGGAAGGUGGACACGAGAAAGUAUACUUUCACCCAAUGACUAAUGCUGCAACCAUGGGGUUAAGUCCUGAAGACUUUCUCAUAUUUGUGAAGGCUACAGGACAUGAUCCCAUAAUUCUAAACUUUGAUUAAAAAAUGAUUGGGAGGGCUGGAGAGAUGGCUCAGAGGUUAAGAGCACUGACUGCUCUUGCAGAGUUCCUGAGUUCAAUUCCGAGCAACCACAUGAUGGCUCACAACCAUCUGUAAUGGAUCUGAUGCCCUCUUCUGGUGUGUCUGAAGACAGCUACAGUAUACUCCUAUACAUUAAAUAAAUCAUAUUAAAAAAAAAAAGAAAAGAAAGAUUGGCAGCCAGGUGUGUUGGCACAUGCCAUUUGCCUGGCACUUUAGGCAGAGCAGGCUGAUCUCUGAGUUCUAGGCCAGCUAACACCUAAUAGUCAGCUGCUGUGUCAAAAGUUAAUUUGGCUAAUAUUCAUAAUAAACUCAUUCUGACAGCU